AUGAAUGAUGAUCAGUGUAUCAGUAUCGUUGGUUGUGGAAACAUGGGUCUCGCACUGGCUCACCGUUUAUUUUUGAGUGGAUUCACCGUAGUACUGGGCAGUCGUUCUCCGGACAAGCAAAUAGAUACAAAAUUUGAAAUAGUCUCCACUGCCGAAUGUAUUCGCCGGUCACCUAUUAUUUUCGUAGCCAUUCGCCCGGAAAACUAUAUAGAUUCUCUUGUAUCAUGCCUUGAACAUGAGUCAUCAUUAUUUAAUGGAAAAAUUCUUAUUGAUCUAUCAAAUCAAAGUUCGGAAACUAUGCAUCAAAAUGAAUAUUCCAAUGCGGAACUACUCCAAGAGGCAAUACCUAAUGCUUUCGUUGUCAAAGCAUUCAAUACAAUAUCAUCGUUUGCCAUGCAGAGUAUUACAGCAGGUGAACCACACAAUAUCUUCGUUGCUAGUGAUCAUUCAAUCGCGAAAGAUAGAGUAAUUGCACUUGCACGUGAGAUGAAUUUCGAAUCGUUUAAUGCGGGUUCAAUUCGAGCUGCACGUCGUUUAGAAAGUGACACGAAAUCUCUGUUUCCUCAAUGGCAUGUUCCUGUCCUUUUCGCAAGUAUCAUUUUAUUUUUUUGGCUCACUUAUAUACUCUGCAUGUAUUUUAUCAAAUAUGCGGGAACUUCGUGGAACCAAAUUUUUUUAAAUAUGAUUAAUAAAGCAUUAGGCCCAAGUGUAAUCACUAUGUUAGCCGUUGUAUACAUGCCUUCAAACCUUGCAUGCAUACUUCAAUUGGUCUAUGGGACUCGAGAACGACGAUUUCCUGUAUGGUUGGAUCGAUGGAUGUUAAGUAGGAAACAGCUCGGUCUAUUGACAUUUGCUUUAGCUCUUUGUCACGCCAUUUUCACGAUUACUCUUAUGUCACCUACUUACUAUUCUUCAUGGUUUCAUUCGACUGAGUUCAUAGUGUCAGCUAAUAACAAUCAGACACGAAUCGUAUCGCAGGGUAGCUUUAUGACUGGAACAGGUGAGUUAGCAGCUCUAUUGGGUAUUCUAACGCUACUUUGUAUGUCCAUUCUUGCUCUAACGAGUAUUCCUGCGAUUGGUAAUCUAUUAAAUUGGCGAGAAUGGCAGUUUGUACAAUCGAAACUUGGUACUGUGACAUUAUUGCUUGCUAUUGGACAUGUGGUUGCAGUCGGUGUGCCAUUCUGGAUGGCAGGGACUCUAGUCUCAGCACUCUAUGGGCUCUCUUUGAUAUGUUUAUACUUUCCGGUCUUGACUAUCUUGUUAAAAUUUAUGUUUUGGUUACCUUGUUUCAGCCGUCCACUCUAUCGAAUUCGUCGUGGAGAAGUUACAAAAGGGCUUGUUCAAUCAAAUCAGACUUCAAAACUAUGA